AUAAUAUGCCCCACCAUUUGCUGGCUUAUGCACGUAUUAUUUUAUGUGCGUUUUGAUUGGAUGACCUCAUUACUUUUUUUUCUAUUUCUACUGUCUCUCGACGCUGUCGCUGUCAAUUCUCCUCCCUCUGCGAAUGAUUUUAUAUAUAAAAGACCUCUAGCGAUAAUUCGGAUUGAGAUUGAAUACCUAAGGUUAGUCGUCAUCCGCUACUGGUUUGGUCCAGAACCGAAUAUUUUUCGACCAUGACUAUCGUCCGUCGAAUCGCUUUGCGCCAUGGCUCCCUCUUAUACCGUUAUCCCAAUUCCACGAAUUCCCUCAUUCGCCAAUGGCCCAGAUUAGCUAGCACUAAAACAGGAAGCAAUGGAGCUCAGAGUAAGCGUUGGAGCGCUGGAAAACUCCUAGGUGGGAUGUUAGUAGCCCUGGCUGCUGGAAGUGCCGUUGCGUUGUAUCCGGCCUUAACCAAAUCACCACCGAAACCACAACAAGCCGUUAUCGAGUACGAGAAGACACGGCCAACCAGUCACUCUAAAGAGGAAAAUCGCGACAUAAUUAGCAGCCAACAUCUCCAAGUAAAGAAGAGUUGGGAAAAUCCUGGCGUCUAUGCGUGGGGUUCUAACUCAGGUCGAGUAGCCGCACCCGACUCAACCGAUACCGUUGUGAAGACGCCACGAAGGAUACCAUAUUUUGAUGGCAUGCUACUAAGGGAUAUAAAGCUUGAUCGCGACUUUGGAGUAGCUAUUACUGAGAAUGGCAACCUUGUGCAGUGGGGCACAGCUUUCUCGAAAGCGAACCCAACCCCUGCCGAAACAUUGAAGGGUAAAGAUCUUGUCAAGGUUGAAAUAUCGCGAGAUCGUAUUAUUGCUUUGGGGAAGAACGGAACUGUUUACUCGAUACCUGUAGCAGGAGCUGACCAGACCUCUGGCAAGAAAUCGCAUCAGACAUCCUGGUUCUCUUUCUGGUCCAGUCCGGAGACCGUCAAUUAUCGACAACUAAAACCGAAGAACCUCGGCUGGGGCGAAAGCAUCAUCGAUAUUGCCAGCGGCUUAGAACAUGCCUUACUGCUCACAUCCAAAGGACGCGUCUUUUCUGCUGCUUCUAGCACAUCUGAUUUUCCUUCCAAAGGUCAAAUGGGUAUACCAGGCCUUACUUGGGCAACCCGACCCGCAGGACCUUAUGAUGAGCCUCAUGAAAUUAUCAGCUUGAAGGACUUUAAAAUUAGAAAGAUAGCGGCCGGUGAUUACCAUUCUCUAGCGCUUGAUAACAACGGGUAUGUCUUCGUUUUCGGCGACAAUACAUCGGGCCAGCUAGGCUUUGAAGUAGAGCCUGAAUUCCCUUUCAUUGAUGCUCCUAUCCCGCUGCCAUUCAACAAACUUUACAGCGGGUCGGGGAAGCAACCGCGAGUAACAUCUAUUGCAGCCGGCGGUGCGAACUCAUUCUUCACUAUAGACGCAAAGCGAGUUGCCGGUUCAAAAGAGGAUGCCGAUUCUGUUAGGGACCUGGGCCGAAUUACCGCCGAUACCUGGGCUUGUGGCUCUGGCAUCCAUGGUAGCCUAGGCACAGGGAAAUGGACGCACGUUUCACUUGGUCCUUCCAAGAUCAAGUCGCUCUCGGGACUCUUCGAGUGGGAUGAAAAGACGGAUUCCGUUGUUCCCAUUCGCCUAGCCCGAUUGAGCGCUGGCAGUAACCAUGCGGCAGCAGUCAUGGAAAACGUUACUUCCGUCAAUGCAUCUAACACCAGUUCGCCUAGCCAUACAAACUGGGGCGCAGAUGUACUAUUCUGGGGUGGCAACGAACAUUAUCAGCUGGGCACGGGAAAGAGGAAUAACACCCCCUUGCCAACUUAUAUUGAACCCCUAGAUGGCGGGGAAGGUGACGCAGAAAAAGGACGACAAGGCGAGCAUCACAGAUUUCAGAUCACACCUAGGACAACAGUUAAGAUCGGAGAGGGCGGCUCGGGAAGAAAAGUUAGUAUUGAGCAACGCGUGGAAUGUGGUCGUUUCGUGACAGCUGUAUAUUCCGGAGCAUAAAGUUUCAAGGGUCAUUUAUAUGGGAACCUCGUCGGAUUCCCCCUUGGUGUAUAUUAGGAAAAAAAAGAUAUGGUAAAAUGGGAUGGGAGGUUGGUUUGAAUCUUGGAUUGGUGAUGCUUGGCAUGAGCAUGAGGUCUUUUGAUCAUUAUGGAUCUAUAUUGAUACCCCCUUCUCAAUCUAUAACAUUUCUUGUACACAUCAAAGUCGUACAUCACCUUCAUUGUACAGCUCUCCGCUUAGGUUACUUGCGUUUGACCCUUCGCGAAGAUGUCAUCAGAUACUAAUUCGGGUUGGACUUCAGCCGAGCACGCGAUUAAUUCUCUGUUUUAGGUACCUCUCAGGUGUGUUGUUGGUUAGGUUAGGUAGGUACCUAAACUUCCAAGUUAUAC